AUGACCGCUAGUGAAAGAAAGGGAGGUAAAGGACUCGGCAAAGGAGGCGCAAAGCGUCACCGUAAGGUGCUUCGUGAUAACAUCCAGGGCAUCACUAAGCCAGCUAUCCGCCGCCUGGCUCGCCGUGGUGGUGUGAAGCGUAUUUCUGGUUUGAUCUACGAGGAGACCCGUGGCGUGUUGAAGGUGUUUCUGGAGAACGUCAUCCGCGACGCCGUCACCUACACCGAGCACGCCAAGAGAAAGACCGUCACCGCCAUGGAUGUGGUGUACGCUCUCAAGAGACAGGGCCGCACUCUGUACGGCUUUGGUGGUUAAGCUUACUGCACUGACAACAACAAC